AUGUUGUUAAGAUCGGCAUUGAAAACGAAUUUUUCCUCUCAAUUAUGCAAAAUUUUACGUCGAUCCAUGUUUAUUCAAUCUCAAGACACACCAAAUCCAAACAGUUUAAAAUUUUUACCUGGUCGUUCAGUUCUUGACUCAAAUCUCGGCACGCGAGAUUUUCCAAAUAUUCAAUCAGCUUUUACUUCACCACUCGCAAAACAAUUGUUUCGUAUCGAAGGUGUAAAAUCCGUCUUUUUGGGUUCAGAUUUUAUCACAGUAACCAAACAACACGAUGAUAUUCAAUGGCAGACAUUAAAACCUGAGAUCUAUGCAGCGAUUAUGGAUUUCUUCUCAACAAAUCUUCCAGUGAUCGAUGACGAUGCCCAACAACCUUCGAGUAGUGUUUCACCCGACGAUGAUGAUACAACUGCAAUGAUCAAAGAAUUGUUGGACACACGGAUACGACCAACUGUUCAAGAAGAUGGUGGAGAUAUCACUUUUGUGAGAUUUGUUGAUGGGAUAGUGAAAUUGAAGUUACAAGGUGCUUGUACAUCAUGUCCAAGUUCAAUAAUUACAUUGAAGAAUGGUGUUCAAAAUAUGUUACAAUUUUAUAUUCCCGAAGUGAAAGGUGUUGAACAAGUGGAAGACGAAGUCGAUAAACUUGCAAAUAAGGAAUUUGAAGAAUUUGAAGAGAAACUCGAAGAAGAAUUUAUAUUGAUGGAGUCAUCACCAUCAUCAUUGCAUUAUCCUGAUGUUAUUAGUCGAUCAAGUAAUCCAAAUUCAAAACAAGCUGCCAGUAAUUAUGCAGCGGGACUUAAAAUGGCGAGUCUUUUCUCUGAACAUGUUCUCCUUUAUCCACUUGAUGUUCUCAGACGACAAAUUCAAGUAAAUAAUGAAGCAGUUAAAUAUCAUUUAUCUCCUGUUAGUGUCUUUCCUGUUCUUUUUAAAAUCUCAGCACAAGGCCCGUCUUCCCUUUGGAAAGGUGUAUUAACAUCUAUUGCGUAUAAUGGUUUAGUUGUUGCAACAGAUAAUUUUCUUCAAGAUUUAAUUCCUGUGAAGAAAAGUAAACAUAAUCGCACUCAACAAGUUCGUCGUGUCGUUCGCAAUGUCGCUGUUCGAACAAUAUCUUAUCUAAUUGUCUCUCCAAUCUAUUACAUAAUGUUAAUUGAAUCAGUACAAAGUGUCAGUGCAUCGGAUGGAAAUUUACUCGAUGGAAUUCGUGAUACAUUAGUUCGUUUUAUUCCUUAUUCAUCAGCGAUCACCGGUGUUCGAAGUAAAAUGUUACCAAUUUGGAAAAUUCUUCUACCAGCCGUUGGUUUAAUGACUGGAAGAUAUGUUUGUGAGAAGAUUUUGUAUAAAAUCAUUUUACCGACAUUAAAUGCAAUUCAAGAAGCUGAUCGAUAUCGAAAAAGAAAACAAAAGCGAAUUGCUCAAUUAUCAAUGGAUGAUGAUUAUGAAACUGAGGAGAAUGUUCUUCUCUUCGAAACAACCUAUGCAUCGUUGAUCGCUCGAAUAGCUGCAGGAUUCUUCGGACAAGUUUUAUUUUAUCCUGUUGAAACUAUUGUACAUCGUCUUCACGUUCAAGGUGUUCGUGCCAUUAUUGAUAAUACAGACACCGGUGUUGGAGUUGUGCCAAUCAACUCAUCGAUUUAUUACACUGACUUUUGGUCUUGUUUCAAAUCCAUCGAAGAAACAGAAGGAAGUUCUGGUUUAUACAAAGGAAUCGGUUGUGUUCUUCUUAAAUUUUCACUUUUGUAUGGUGGAAUGUUGUUGGCACAUGGUGUGGCAAAGAAAUUCGUUAUGGAUAAUAAACCUCCGUUGACUCCUGCUCCUAUCACAACUGCUCCACCAUCUUGGCGACACGAACCAGCAACUACAAUGACUACUGAAAGUGGACAAUGGUAA